UUCUUCAGGUUCUACAAUUCCGUAUGGCUUAUCCUGAACGACGUGAUCGUGGGUCUUGCGUUCGGAGUAUUUCUUCGUGAUAAUCAUCAAGCACUGGCGAAGAUGCUAGCGACCGUCUUCACUGACGUCUUGCUCAGCCCGUUCCCGCAAGCUUUGUUGUGGCUUGAUCAAUGGCCGGCCGGUUUGAAGCUCAAUGGUCCGCUCAGCCGAUUUUGUUGUAUGCUGUUCAUUCGGAUCAUCAAGUCGUGGUCUCGCCUGAUGAUCCAGGUCACACCAUUAAUGCCCGCAGCAACAUACCUAAUUGGAUCGGCCGGAUUCUGUGGCUUGACUAUGAUUUUAUCAUUGUUUUCAGACCUCUUGGACAUCUUGACUCUUCAUAUCUACAUUUGUUAUGCCCUUGCCACGACCAUAUUUCACGCUCAAGUACGGACAGCCGUAUCUCUCUGGAAUCUGUUCCGCGGGAAACGCUUCAAUGUCCUGCGGAAUCGUGUGGACUCCUGGGUUUACGAAGUCGAUCAGCUUCUGCUGGGAACGAUGCUAUUCACGCUGCUGGCAUUUUUAUUUCCUACGGUAUUGGCGUAUUAUGCGGUGUUCAUGGCGGCUCGCCUCUUGGUCAUAUUUCUUCACGCCAUCAAUGAUACUUUUCUGGCCGCAAUGAAUCAUUUCCCCCUCUUUGCCCUGAUGCUGAGGCUGAAAGACCCCUGGAGACUUCCUGGUAUGCGUGAACAUGUGAUUCCUACAAUGUUUAGAUCUAAAGACAUUCUUCUCAGCAAGCCCACGUCAUAUUCAACCAUAUUCCAUCAGUACGGCUAUCUCUGGUCUCAGCUUUCUGGCCAUUAUCACCCUCGGCGAAUUGCGCAGCAGUUGCUUACAGGAAGAUAUAUUCGUCCUAUUCCAACCCAUUCCAUACGAUACGGGGCAUUUACACCUGAGCGCGAUACGUAG